CCUCUCUGUCCGCAUAUUACACCCACUUUUCUGAAGCCCAGAAAAAGUUCUUUCAUUCUUCACACUUCCUCGUACUGAUUCCAAAACACAGUCCUUGCUACAAGCGUGCCAAUAGGUUUCUGGAAGCAUGAGCGGUCUUCUUGAAUUUCUUGGUGAUCUACUUGGGAUCUCUGAUGGUGGUCUAGGGGGAGAUGAAGAAUACACCUUUGAUACAGAAGCUCCGACUGACCUAGGAGACGGGAGCAGCCUUACUGGAGACAAUGUUGAAGGUGAGUCUUGCUAUACAGCCAUGGCACUGUCUGGACUUCGGCAGAUGGACAGACAUGAUGAAAGGGGGCCGCACCACAGUACCAAGGAGAUGGGACUUACCGUGCAAAUACAGCAGACACAAUGGAUUCAGGAGGUGCAGGGAGACCAGACCAUAUAUACUUCGCCGGUGACAGCGACGGCCCUUCGAGUGAUACCGACAGCUCUUCUGAAUCAACCGGUGGAGAAGGACGAUACCCACAAGGGAUCGACUCAGCCGGCGAUCCAGUUGCUCAGAGCGGCACAGGUCCACCAUAUAACCCCAAGACCGGAGCACCACAUGACCCCAAAGACGUCACCUGGCCUGACCCUGUGACAGGAAAUAUUGGGUCCAGUGAUACUGCAACCCCAAGCUGCUGACUUCAGCGCCCGGCCAGGUUUAUCUUUCUUUCUGUGUUUUCUCAGCUCAUCCUUCAUCUACGCGCGUGGCUCUUUAAUCAGAUCAAUUACGC